AUGGCAAAACUGAUGGGGAGAGGUGACUCUGCCCCAGAGGGCAGCAGUGUUGUGGGACUAGAGGGCAACAGCAGUCUCCGUGGUUGGCGGAACUCAGAACUGGUGUCCAAGCACCCUGGUCACCUUGGUCACUCCAGCACGUUUUGGUCCAAACACAGGUCUGUGUCAGUUUUCCAUCCCUACCUGGCACAAGUGAGGGAGUGGGGAUUGUGUCCCAUGGAGGAGAUGGGCUUUAAGAAGGAAUUGGACAGACCCAGGGCAAGGGACAGCAGCAGGGACAGCACGGACAGCCAGACCACGAAGAAUGAUCUGGCUGGCACAGCGAAGGAGGCAGCCUUUGUAACUGGCAGUGAGAGUUCUCCACCAUGCAAGACCCCACUCAUCUGCUGUGCAGAAGGCCUUGAUCAGGACACCUUUAAAAUUUGCAAGGAGCUUUUGAGUCCCUUUAAGAAGUCACUUAGGAAACUGCAUUUGCCCCAGCACGUCCCCACAGAGAGAAAACUGAAGUACACGAAGGAAAGUUUGACCAUAAUUGGGGAGCGCAUCGAUCUGUUUCUUCAGCAGUACUGCAGAGCCUCAGAGGUCAAGCACUGGCAGAAGAGGUUGUGGCGGUUUGUCUCCCUCUUCUCAGAGAUGGAUGCAAAGCAGCUGCAGAAGCUGUAUACGUACCUCAAGAACAACCAAAUGGAUAAGUUUCUGCAAUUAUGCUGUCCUUCAGAAAACCCAGAUUCCCAUCCAGGACUCAAAGAAGAAAAAAUGCAGCAGCUUUACAUCAUUUGGGGUCUCUGCAGAGAUACAAGAGACCUGCAGGAGCACCCAGGUCAAAGACCCAGUCACCACCAACACACCCACAAAGUCACCGCCCAGCAGCAGCACUCGCAUAGCCAGUGUCAUGUUGUCACCAAGCAGGAGAAGCCUUUUCCUGCUCAAGUAGAGUCACCUACACUUGGCAUUUCUGCAAAAGGAUCAGCAGGUGAAGACGUGAUCAGUGGUGGAGCUAGAGGAGUUGAGCAGGCAAAUAAUGGUCAUGAGCCCGUGCACACAUCAGUUCUUGGCAGCUGCAGCAGCUGCCAUCCAUUGAUCCAGACAGAGAUGGCUGGAGCCCCGUUCUACUGCUGCUGCAGGAAGACACUCAUCUGA